AUGUACGUGUGUGUACAUGUGUAUGUAUGUAUGUACAUACAGCGGUGGGUGGAGGAGGGCGCCGGCGUCUACGGCCUCCCAGCCAUGGCCGACAUCAAGGUGGAGCAUCAGCUGGAGCCCGGCGCGGACGAAGGGCCUGCGCAGAGCGUCGCCAUGGGAAUGAAGUUCAUUCUGCCCAAUAGAUUUGACAUGAAUGUCUGCUCACGGUUUGUGAAAUCUUUGAACGAAGAGGACAGUAAAAACAUUCAAGACCAAGUUAACUCUGACCUUGAAGUGGCAUCUGUCUUAUUUAAAGCUGAAUGCAACAUCCAUACUUCUCCUUCCCCCGGCAUCCAAGUAAGACAUGUUUACACUCCAUCAACAACUAAGCAUUUCUCUCCGAUAAAACAGUCAACUACUCUAACUAACAAACAUAGGGGAAAUGAAGUCUCUACAACACCUCUGCUUGUAAAUUCUUUAUCAGUUCACCAGCUAGCUGCUCAGGGGGAAAUGCUGCACCUGGCUACACGUAUUGAACAAGGUAAGACUAGGAGAG